GGCGGCGGGAUGGGAGCAGACGCUGGCGUCGCGCGAGCCCGGGGCAGAGCGGCGCGGUAGAGAGGGCGGCGGCGGCGCGCGCGGAGCCUUGACGUGCCCCUUUCUUUCUUCUCUCUCUGGAAAGCAUGAGCGUGCAGACCUGCCGCUGCGGCGGCCGCCCGGGCUCCUCGCCUCCCCCUCUUCUGGCCGCCCCUCGCCGGUAAGAGUAGAGAACGCGAGAAGGGAAGAUGGGGGCUGUCCUGAGGAGCCUCCUGGCCUGCAGUUUCUGUGUGCUCCUGAGAGCGGCCCCUUUGUUGCUUUAUGCAAACAGACGGGACUUGCGAUUGGUUGAUGCUACAAAUGGCAAAGAGAAUGCUACAAUUGUAGUUGGAGGUUUGGAGGAUGCAGCUGCGGUGGACUUUGUGUUUGGUCAUGGCUUGAUCUACUGGAGUGAUGUCAGCGAAGAAGCCAUUAAACGAACAGAAUUUAAUAAAACUGAGAGUGUACAGAAUGUUGUUGUUUCUGGAUUAUUGUCCCCUGAUGGGCUGGCAUGUGAUUGGCUUGGAGAAAAAUUAUACUGGACAGAUUCUGAAACUAAUCGGAUUGAAGUUUCUAAUUUAGAUGGAUCUUUACGAAAAGUUUUAUUUUGGCAAGAGUUGGAUCAACCCAGAGCUAUUGCCUUAGAUCCUUCAAGUGGGUUCAUGUACUGGACAGACUGGGGAGAAGUGCCAAAGAUAGAACGUGCUGGAAUGGAUGGCUCAAAUCGUUUCAUUAUUAUAAACACUGAAAUUUACUGGCCAAAUGGACUGACUUUGGAUUAUGAGGAACGGAAGCUUUAUUGGGCAGAUGCAAAACUUAAUUUCAUCCACAAAUCAGAUCUGGAUGGAACAAAUAGACAGGCAGUGGUUAAAGGUUCUCUUCCACAUCCUUUUGCCUUGACGUUAUUUGAGGACACAUUGUACUGGACUGACUGGAACACACAUUCCAUUUUGGCUUGCAACAAGUAUACUGGCGAGGGUCUUCGUGAAAUCCAUUCUAACAUCUUCUCUCCCAUGGAUAUACAUGCCUUCAGCCAGCAGAGGCAGCCAAAUGCUACAAAUCCAUGUGGAAUUGAUAAUGGUGGUUGUUCCCAUUUGUGUUUGAUGUCUCCAGUCAAGCCUUUUUAUCAGUGUGCUUGCCCUACUGGGGUGAAACUCCUGGAGAAUGGAAAAACCUGCAAAGAUGGUGCUACUGAAUUAUUACUUUUAGCCCGCAGGACAGAUUUGAGACGUAUUUCUUUGGAUACACCAGAUUUUACAGACAUUGUUCUGCAGUUAGAAGACAUCCGUCAUGCUAUUGCCAUAGAUUAUGAUCCUGUGGAAGGCUAUAUUUACUGGACUGAUGAUGAAGUGAGAGCUAUACGCCGCUCCUUCAUAGAUGGAUCUAGCAGUCAGUUUGUGGUUACUGCUCAAAUUGCCCACCCUGAUGGUAUUGCUGUCGACUGGGUUGCACGAAAUCUUUACUGGACUGAUACUGGUACUGAUCGGAUAGAAGUGACACGGCUCAAUGGAACCAUGAGGAAAAUCUUGAUUUCAGAGGACUUAGAAGAACCCCGGGCUAUUGUAUUAGAUCCUAUGGUUGGGUACAUGUAUUGGACUGACUGGGGAGAAAUCCCGAAAAUUGAGCGAGCAGCUCUGGAUGGUUCUGAUCGAGUAGUGAUGGUUAAUACUUCUCUUGGUUGGCCAAAUGGUUUAGCCUUGGAUUAUGAUGAAAGCAAAAUAUACUGGGGAGAUGCCAAAACAGACAAAAUUGAGGUUAUGAAUACUGAUGGCACUGGAAGACGAGUACUAGUGGAAGACAAAAUUCCUCACAUAUUUGGUUUUACUUUGUUGGGUGACUAUGUUUACUGGACUGACUGGCAGAGGCGAAGCAUUGAAAGAGUACACAAGCGAAGUGCAGAGAGGGAAAUCAUCAUAGAUCAGUUGCCUGACCUCAUGGGACUAAAGGCCACAAAUGUUCAUCGAAUCAUUGGUUCUAAUCCCUGUGCUGAGGAAAAUGGGGGAUGUAGCCAUCUUUGCCUCUAUAGACCUCAGGGCCUUCGCUGUGCCUGUCCCAUUGGCUUUGAACUCAUCAGUGACAUGAAGACCUGCAUUGUCCCAGAGGCUUUUCUUUUGUUUUCACGGAGAGCAGAUAUCAGACGAAUUUCUUUGGAAACAAACAAUAAUAAUGUGGCCAUUCCACUCACUGGUGUCAAAGAAGCUUCUGCUUUGGAUUUUGAUGUAACAGACAACCGAAUUUACUGGACUGAUAUAUCACUCAAGACCAUCAGCAGAGCCUUUAUGAAUGGCAGUGCACUGGAACAUGUGGUAGAGUUUGGUUUAGAUUAUCCAGAAGGCAUGGCAGUGGACUGGCUUGGGAAGAACUUAUACUGGGCAGACACGGGAACAAAUCGAAUUGAAGUGUCAAAGCUGGAUGGGCAACACCGUCAAGUUUUGGUGUGGAAAGACUUAGAUAGCCCCAGAGCUUUAGCAUUGGACCCUGCCGAAGGAUUUAUGUAUUGGACUGAAUGGGGUGGAAAACCUAAGAUUGAUAGAGCUGCUAUGGAUGGAAGUGAACGUACUACAUUAGUUCCAAAUGUGGGGCGGGCAAAUGGCCUAACUAUUGAUUAUGCUAAAAGGAGGCUUUAUUGGACAGACCUGGAUACCAACUUAAUAGAAUCUUCCAAUAUGCUUGGACUCAACCGUGAAGUUAUAGCAGAUGACUUGCCUCAUCCUUUUGGCUUAACUCAGUACCAAGAUUACAUCUACUGGACGGACUGGAGCCGACGCAGCAUUGAACGUGCCAACAAAACCAGUGGCCAAAACCGCACCAUCAUUCAGGGCCAUUUGGAUUAUGUGAUGGACAUCCUCGUCUUUCACUCUUCUCGGCAGGCAGGGUGGAAUGAGUGUGCUUCCAGCAAUGGGCACUGCUCCCACCUCUGCUUAGCUGUGCCGGUUGGAGGUUUUGUUUGUGGAUGCCCUGCCCACUACUCCUUGAAUGCUGAUAAUAGAACUUGUAGUGCCCCUACCACCUUCCUGCUCUUCAGUCAAAAGAGUGCUAUCAAUCGCAUGGUGAUUGAUGAACAACAGAGUCCUGACAUCAUCCUUCCCAUCCACAGCCUUCGAAAUGUCCGGGCCAUUGACUAUGACCCCCUGGACAAGCAGCUAUAUUGGAUUGACUCACGACAAAACAUGAUCCGAAAGGCUCAAGAAGAUGGAAGCCAGGGCUUUACUGUCAUUGUGAGCUCAGUUCCGAAUCAGAACCUAGAAAUACAGCCCUAUGACCUCAGCAUUGAUAUUUAUAGCCGGUACAUAUAUUGGACUUGUGAGGCUACCAAUGUCAUUAAUGUGACCAGAUUAGAUGGAAGAUCAAUUGGAGUGGUGCUGAAAGGCGAGCAAGACAGACCUCGAGCCAUUGUGGUAAACCCAGAGAAAGGGUAUAUGUACUUCACCAAUCUUCAGGAAAGAUCUCCUAAAAUUGAACGGGCUGCUUUGGAUGGAACGGAACGAGAGGUCCUCUUUUUCAGUGGCUUAAGUAAACCAGUUGCCUUAGCUCUUGAUAGCAGGUUGGGCAAGCUCUUUUGGGCUGACUCAGAUCUCCGGCGAAUUGAAAGCAGUGAUCUGUCAGGUGCCAACAGGAUAGUGUUAGAAGACUCCAAUAUCUUGCAGCCUGUGGGACUAACUGUGUUUGAAAACUGGCUCUAUUGGAUUGAUAAGCAGCAGCAAAUGAUUGAAAAAAUUGACAUGACAGGUCGAGAGGGCAGAACCAAAGUCCAGGCUCGAAUUGCUCAGCUUAGUGACAUUCAUGCAGUAAAGGAGCUGAACCUUCAGGAAUACAGACAGCAUCCUUGUGCCCAGGAUAAUGGUGGCUGUUCCCAUAUUUGUCUUGUAAAAGGAGAUGGCACUACAAGGUGCUCUUGCCCCAUGCACUUGGUUCUGCUUCAAGAUGAGCUGUCUUGUGGAGAACCCCCAACAUGUUCUCCUCAGCAGUUUACUUGUUUCACUGGGGAAAUUGACUGUAUCCCUGUGGCUUGGCGGUGUGAUGGGUUUACUGAAUGUGAAGACCACAGUGAUGAACUCAAUUGUCCUGUAUGCUCAGAGUCCCAGUUCCAAUGUGCCAGUGGGCAGUGUAUUGAUGGUGCCCUCCGAUGCAAUGGCGAUGCAAAUUGCCAGGAUAAAUCAGAUGAGAAGAAUUGUGAAGUGCUUUGUUUAAUUGAUCAGUUUCGCUGUGCCAAUGGUCAGUGCAUUGGAAAGCAUAAGAAAUGUGAUCAUAAUGUGGAUUGCAGUGAUAAAUCUGAUGAACUGGAUUGCUAUCCAACUGAAGAGCCAGCACCACAGGCCACUAACACAGUUGGUUCAGUUAUUGGAGUAAUUGUUACCAUUUUUGUGUCUGGAACAAUAUACUUUAUCUGCCAGAGGAUGUUGUGUCCACGUAUGAAGGGAGAUGGGGAAACUAUGACUAAUGACUAUGUGGUUCAUGGACCAGCUUCUGUGCCUCUUGGUUAUGUGCCACACCCAAGUUCUCUGUCAGGAUCUCUUCCAGGAAUGUCUCGAGGUAAAUCAAUGAUCAGCUCCCUCAGUAUCAUGGGGGGAAGUAGUGGACCUCCCUAUGAUCGAGCACAUGUCACAGGAGCAUCAUCAAGCAGUUCUUCAAGCACCAAAGGCACUUACUUCCCUGCAAUUUUGAACCCACCACCAUCCCCUGCCACAGAGCGAUCACAUUACACUAUGGAAUUUGGAUAUUCUUCAAACAGCCCUUCUACUCAUAGGUCAUACAGCUAUAGGCCAUAUAGCUACCGGCACUUUGCACCCCCCACUACACCCUGCAGCACAGAUGUUUGUGACAGUGACUAUGCUCCUAGCCGGAGAAUGACCUCAGUGGCAACAGCCAAGGGCUAUACCAGUGACUUGAACUAUGACUCAGAACCUGUGCCCCCACCUCCCACACCCCGAAGCCAGUACUUGUCAGCAGAGGAAAACUAUGAAAGCUGUCCACCUUCUCCGUACACAGAGAGGAGCUAUUCCCAUCACCUUUACCCACCACCACCCUCUCCCUGCACAGACUCCUCCUGAGGAGGGGCCCUCCUCCUCUGACUGCCUCCAACAUGAAACUGUAAAUACAUAUCUGGUUGAGAUCUGGAGGGGGGGAGGGAGCUAUUAGAGAAGGAUGAGGCAGACCAUGUAUAGUAAAAGUUAUAAAAUGGGGUAGGGAAUACUGGAGAUAUUUGUACAGAAGAAAAGAAUAUUUAUAUAUUUUCUUAAAAUAGCAGAUUUGCUGCUUGUGCCAUAAAAGUUUGUAUAAAAAAUAAAUUUGUACUAAAAGUUUUAUUUUUGCAAACUGAAUACACAAAGCAUGCCUUAAACCCAGUGAAGUGACUGAGUACAAAGGAAACAGGAAUAAUAAAGGCAUCACUGACCAGGAAUGUCUGGACUUUAUUGAUACCAAAAAAAUGAAAAAAAAAAUUUUUAGAAAGAAAUUAAGUCCAUCUCAGAGCAGCAAACCAUAGAUGCUUGGAAGUAGCCAAAUAGCCUUCAGGUUAACUAACAUUUGAGGGCCAAGAAGUUAAGAAAUCAUGAGACAAGGGGGAAAAAAAAAAGGAAUUAAAACUAACCAUGGACAAAGGGCUUUGUUUUCUCUUACGAAUCCAACCAUUUUAAUAAGGAAGAAAGAUACUUACAAGAAUCCAUUCUGGGUGGUGGUGCUGUAGGCAAGAUUGUUGGUCUGUGAGAUGUUGUGGGGCUGCAUAUGUGCACAUCUUCUGUCCCUACUUUAGAGCCCACACCUUUAUCAAAAUUAAAGUUUUCUCUAGAUGUUUUUCACCUUGCUGCCUCCCCCAGCAACUUAGGCCAUUUGCUAAGAGAACAUGGUUUAUUCAAGCUUUUUAUCUGAGGAAUCAAUUAAACGGUGUUUUCUAAACUAGGUUUUGACUUUAAUAUUUCCACUAGCUCCAUCCUGCAGUAGGCUUAGCUCUUCAAUUUGACUGCUGUUUUUGCAUAAAUGAUCAAAAGUUAGCCAUAUUAUUGGUCUUCUUUACAUCCAAGAUUGUUUUAAUGCUCAUUAAAAUGUCUUUUUACAACACAUAGACAGUGUUUAAAAAUUACAAAUCUAAUCAUAACAUUUUUGUUGUAAAUUAAUCAUAUAUCCUUGCAGUACUUUCAGCAUAUGACAAUAUGAAAAUCAUUUUUAUAUAUAUAUUUUUGAGUAAAGCAUUUAAAUAUGUUCUGGUUAUAAGCAAUAUUAAAAAUUUUUUGUUGUUGUUAGUUUAUCCCUAAUUAACUAUUUGUGACAUUUUCGUGUUCUUUAGACCAGUUUUUCUCAGAAUGCUGUCUACAUACAUACCUCUUCUAAUGUGUGACAUGAGUUUAAUAUCUUCCUGUUACCCACUGUGAAUAGUAGGUUAUUUUGAUUAUCCACAAAUAAUUCUUAUAAUCACCUCAUGUAUUUUUUUGUGUGUUCUCUUUUAUCUCGUUAUGAGUUGAGAUAACUUAACAAAUUUAACAAUGGGGUUAAAUUGAGCAGAUAAACUAUAAAUUUCUCAGCUGUCAGAAUUUGGGUGGAGGGGAAUGAUGGAAGUCUCUCACGUGCCCUGCCUGACCUGCUGUCAUGUGUGGUACUGGGGCUGCUACAUCUUCAGCUAUCAGGGCUGACCUGUGGAAUGAUUCUAGCACUGCUGUGCCACCUUACCAGAAAUUGGUUUCCUGCUUUUUACUUGUGUCUAGCACUUCUCUGCUAAAAUUAAAUGUGUUUUUAAACUAGUAUACUUUUAUCUUACAGGUGUUGGUUAGUUAGUCAUUGAGUGAUUUUAAAAUUCAAUCCUGAAGAGGCCCCUCUGGGUUUCAGGAGCCAAGAGAAAACAAUAAAAGAACAGAUUCACAAUUUUAGCAGAGGUGAAGUAAUUUUUUUAAGCAAUUAAAAAAAUACCUAUGUAAACAAUUUAAAGAGGGGAAAAAAUGUGGUUUCAGAAUAUUGCUCAGAUUGUUGGGGGCAGCUUGAUUUUACAUAUAAAUAAAUGGUAAUCCAUCAGUGUCUUGCAUUUCAGUCAGACAAGCAUUACUCUUCCUGUUGGUGGAACAAAGUGCUCCUAAUCUAAGACAAAAUGAACGUUGAACUUGUAUUCUGUGACACACAGGGGCACAAAUGAAGAUGGAAAGGUUAGCAGUAACUGGGUAUCAAUUAGAAUUUGAGAAUUCUAUAUGUUUACAUUUUUAAUGUGCAUCUUUAUCUGGUGGGCUUCCCAUGUGGAAACUUGCACUAUAAUGAACUAAGAAGAAUAUUGCCUUGUUGUAUCUCAGUCCAAAUGCUUGUACUGCGAUGGCAAUGGCCUCUUCUUGCAAAAUACUAAUUUGUGUGCCAAUUUGUUUGAAAUUAUUUGAAGGCAGUUCAGCUUAAUCUCAGUAUCCUCUUUCUGGGGUGGUUGAAAUGGAUUCUUAAUAUUUCUGAGAGUCCUUUUUGAUGAGAGUAUUAUCAAAUUUGGGGGUGAUUUGUUGGUUCUCAGUUUACAUGGACAGUUAUACUUAAGUAAACUACAUCUUAAUUGUUAAACACAGAGCUUUAAUUGGAAAAAGUGAGGAAAAAAAUUAACUUGAAACCACAAAUCAGAAAAAGAUUAAAAAAAAGGGGGGGGGAGUUCUAAAUUUGGUAUAUUGCUAGAUCCAUCAUUCAAGAGGAAAAAUGAAUAAAAUUUCAUUAGAGUCAUUAAAUAUACAAGUAUCCCUUUUGAACGUGUAUCUUAAAGUAUGCCUCCUUUUGAUUCAGUUAAAAUUAUCACACAGCAUAUCUUCUGUGCACUACACAUUGAAAUGGUCUUUUAUCACUAAAGUUCUGGACUUGGCUUCUUAAGGUCCUUCUUAACAGUGGCCCAAGGAGUUUUAUUGCUGAAAUUAGAGAAAGGCACAUUCACAGGAAAAAAAAAAAAAAAAAAAAACUCUGUUGUUGGAUAGAAUUUUGUCAGUAUUAAUUUUUCUUCAAGAAAUUUUAAUUGUAGUUUUGGCACUUGGUGGCUCUCUUUUAUAUGGUGUGUCACAAGAUAUCUGGUUAAACACAGAAUAUUAUACUGUUACUUUAAUUUUAAUAUAAGUACACUUUGUGAUGUACCACCAAGAGAUAGAUGAUCCUUGAAUAGGUUUAAAAAACGACUGUUCUAGGGCUGGGGUUGUGGCUCAGCGGUAGAGCGCUUGCCUAGCAUUCGAGAGGCCCUGGGUUCGGUCCUUAACACCACAUCAAAAUAAAUAAAAUAAAGGUAUUGUGUCUAACCAAAAAAUAAAUAUUAAAAAAAAACCAUCCUCUGUUCUAGAGGGACAAUAGUGUAUUAGAAAUAAAGACUUUAAAGUACAUUUUCAUCUAAAGUAAGCCAGUAAUUUGGGAGGAGGGAGCUUUGAGCAAUAGAAUUUAAGGUGGACAGGUCUUAUUUUAAAAUACUCUUAAGUCAAUAAUUUGUACAAGGGCAACUCAUUCCAUACUAAGUUGUAAGAAUAGCCAGUAUCUCUUAGGUAGCAGUGACCUUGGGGGAAAUAUCUUUUGUUUUGCUGUAAAGGCACAUUAAUGAAGACCAUUUCCAAGACCUUUUCAGGUAGUUAGUAGCUGUGGCUUACCUUACCUGUAAUGAGAUCCUUUUGUUUGUGUGCCCUGAUACCAAAGAUGAUUAAUAGACACUGGAGAGGUUUGCUGUAAGCAAGCUGCUUCUCUGCAGUUAGGUGGGUUGCUGCUGAUUCCCUAUGUAGACCUUGCUUAGAUUAAAUUCCUAUAAAUGUAGUUUUUAAAAUCUUUUUUGUUUCUUGGAGGGGAAACCUUACAAGAUUCUGAAACAACAAACUUGGACUUCUCACAUUCCCAAAUAGGCCAUUCUUUUAGUAAAUGUAAGAAAUCCAUAGUUUGAGGUAUGGAUAUGGGUGUGGAAGUAUCAGUUGACUGACAGGUAUUUCAGGAUUUACAAUUGACACUAUACACUAAAUGUAGACUAGGUCCUAAAGAAGUUUAUAAUCAAGUAUUGUUUAAAACUUACUAUGCAGAAUUCUUAAACUCAAUAAAUUUAAUUUUUAUUUGUUGUUCUUUUUCUUAUCCCAAGCCUAAAAUAGGCCAAGAGAAAUAACAGAUAAUUUUAGAAGUACUGGUAACGUGUGGUUAUUGGCUUCUGGUAUGGCACUGUAUCAUAUUAGUCUCAAAAUUUGGCUUUUGAAAUUCUCAGAGUUUUAGAGUAAAGAACUUUGGGCCUCAAGCAUAAAAUACAUGUUUUUAAUUUUUAAAAAAUUUAAGGUCUGAGCAUUUUGAAUCCAUAUUGUGAGGAUAUUUCUCCUUGACUUGAUUCCACAUGUUAUUAGAAUAAUCCUGUACCUGACUGGAGGGGAAGGUAGAUUCUUAGGUUCAUCUUAAUGACUUAGAAGCAAAUUAUUGACCCAACUCUUCACCCCCUUUAAAUCCAGGUAACUAUACUGUUUUCCUCACAAGGCAUUCUUAAUCUACAAACUAAGUGGUUGCUUGUACUCAAGAGUGAAAUAUGGACCUAACAUAAGCCAACUGUUAGACUUCCCACUGUCACUUAGACUUUGCCCAGAAGUUAACACCAAAGAAUAUAGAUAACAUGCUUUUGUUUAACUGUCCAUUUGGGUUAUUUUGUUUUUUAAUCAUAUAAGGUCAGGGGAUAUAGAUAUGUAUCAAUAUAUUAAUGCCUCAAUAUGGGUACUAAAAAGAAAUUAAAGCAAGUAUUGUUAGUUCUGCUAUUACAUGAAGUUAAUUAUCUGGGUUAGUGAGGGAAAUUUAAGAAGAGGAAAGAGGAUACCAUGAAGCUUAAACUGGACUAGCCUUACUUGCAAGUGAAGGAUCUGGUGCUGCUUUCAGAUGUUUAUCCUUUAUGUUUUAAAAUUUUUUCUUAAGCUUUAAUCUUUGUCAUUGUCUUAAAGUCAACUGGUGUUUCUAUGUUCAUCGACUUUGGUACGAUGGUGCUUUGCAAGGAUGUAUUUAUAUUAUAAUGGCCAACAUUUGGUCAGCCCUUGUCCACUUAUUCACUUCCCCCUUUUGUAAAAUAAGUGCUUUAAUUAUAAACUGUAUAAAACUACCUUGUAUAGAUUCCCUUUUUGAUUAUUUCAAUAAGCUGAAUUGUAACAAAUGAAAUGUUGAUUUUUAUAAUAAAACAGUGGAAAAAUAA